UGUCCGAUAGAUGGCUAUUAUUUAUUUUUUAUCCGAUAGAUGGCUAUUACUUAUUUUAUUCGCAGAAUUUUACCUCCAUUUUAACAUUCACGUUCCAAAGAUUUAGCAAUAACUCAAGUAACAUGACUAAUAUCAAACUCAAAGAUUUUAAAAAUGAUUCAAAUCUCAAAACUUCAACAAAUCCAUAUUUAACAUCAUCAAUUUUCAUAACACCUCAUAUAUUGAAUGAUGAAGAUGAAGUAGAUAAUAUUGAUUAUCAUUUUGAAGAAGCAAGACUUCAAAGUUUUAAAAAUUGGCCUGUAUCAUAUAUAAAACCUGAAAAACUUGCCGCUGCUGGAUUUUAUUAUACGGGUGAAUAUGAUAAAGUUAGAUGUUUUGAAUGUCAAGUUGAGAUAUGUCAAUGGGUACAAGGUGAUAUUCCAAUGGUUGAUCAUCAGAGAUGGUCAGCAAGAUGUAGAUUUAUUUGUAAAAUAAAUUGUGGUAAUGUACCAAUUGGAAUAGAUUCUAAUACAAUUGUACAACCAAGAAGUUCUCAUGACUUAGAACAUCGGCUUACAUCUGGUGUUGAUAAUUAUAAUUUUUCAACUGAAUUACAAUUAUCAAGCAUUGCUAAAUCUAAUUGUUUAAACUUGAAAGAGCCUAAAAAACCUAUACAUCCUGAAUAUGCUAGUUAUGAUGCAAGGUUGAAUACAUUUUCAACUUGGCCAAAAUUUAUGUUACAAACAAAAGAACAAUUAGCAGAUGCAGGUUUUUAUUAUACAGGAAAAAGUGAUCAAACUAUAUGUUAUUAUUGUGGAUGUGGUUUAAAAGAUUGGGAACCAGAAGAUAAUCCUUGGGAACAACAUGCAAAAUGGUAUUCUAAAUGUUAUUAUUUAUUAAUGAUUAAAGGACAAGAUUAUGUGAAUAAAGUAACAGGCCGGCAUAUAUCUUCAUCUUCCAUACAAGAAACAAUAUCAAGAUGUAGAAAUAGCAAUUCAGAAUUAGAUUAUCAAAAUAAUAGUGUAGAGACUAAUGUAAGCAGUAUAGAAUCUAUAAGGGAGAAUGCAGAAAAUUUAUCAAAUAUAAAAGUACAAAAUAAUAAAUCAACAGAUGAUGCAAAAAUAUGUAAAAUCUGUUACAAUCAAGAAUUAGAAGUAGUAUUUUUACCAUGUGGACAUGUGAUCGCUUGUGUAAAAUGUGCUAAUGAUAUGAAAUCUUGUGCAGUGUGCAGAAAACUUGUUACAAAGACUGUACGGAUUUUUUUCUCGUAGUAUUCUAUAUAUAUAUUAAUAGUAUUUUAACAAUUAUAGAUAAAAAAUCAUUGCAAUAUAUUUAUUAUGAUUCUUUUAAUUAUUUGUAACAAAUCAUUUUAAUAUGAAAGAUUUAUAAUCCGUCCAACAAAUCAAUUCAGUAUUAAACAAAACAUUCAGAAUUUAAAAUAUGUGAUAUAUGUAAUGAUUUCAAUUCAGUUAUUUGCAUUCAUUUAUUGACUGGGAUAGCGAUAUUGCUAUGGACAUAUAGAAAAAUAUGUAUAUUUUACUAUAGAUUCACAGCUUUAGUUAAUUAUUGAUAAGAAAAAUCUUUAAUAUUAAAAAC